AUGCUGAAUCGAGAAGCACUAUACCUCUUCCUAAUGUUUCUGUGUAGGACAGUACAUAGCAACUCUGCAGUUUAUAAUCCGUGUAUACGGCAAAUGGAGCUUACAAAAGAUGAAGCUUCCCAAGUGCUUGAAAAAUGGCCAGACAAUGGGGCCCUCGUUGAUCGGGAGUUCAAGUGCUUUCUGACAUGCGUGCUUUUAGACUUGGGGCUGAUUAGUAAGCAUGGGGUGGUACAGAUCGGAGAGUAUCUGAGGUCCGGAGUUGUUGACUGGAAAUGGGUGGCCACCGAUUUGGUUGUAUGUCGCGCAGAAUACGAAGAUGAGAAGGACCUGUGUGAACUUUCAUUUGGACUUUUCAACUGUUUCAGGGAGGUGAAACUAGCAGCUGAGAGGAAAGCUUCCAAAUAA